UGAGAAAGUUUCGCAUUGAUUUGUUCGGUGGAAGCUCAGUUAGCGACACUUUUGGGUUGGUAUCAGCGAGCUUGCGUUCCGGCGCAAUUUGUAGGAACUUAACGUUUUGUGGAGCUAAAAAACACUUCACUGGAGCAGUGACAAGCUUGAGAAAAAUCAUAAUUUUGGCAAACAUGGUUCAACUGCGAAUUUUUAUCCCGUAUGUUCUCGUCAUCGUUUUAAGCUUGACAGCCGUGUUCGCCCAGACAACUGCACCAGCUAAAGCAAACUGCGAGACGAAGAGCAACACGAGCUGCGAGGCGUGUCUGAAGGAUGUGUCGUGUCUGUGGUGCCGGACGACCCAGAAAUGCAUCAACUACCCCGUGAAGACCAUCCUGCCCCCCCACAGCCUGUGCCCGCUGAACGAGGCUCGGUGGGGGCUGUGCUGGGUGAACUUCCAGGCUUUGAUCAUUGCUAUGUCAGUGAUCGCUGGGGUGAUCAUCAUCGCCAUCCUCAUCUGCUGCUUCUGCUGCUGCAAGUGUGAGAAUGUCGGGUCACAGAGGGCCGAAGCCAAGAUGGACAAACAGGCUGACAAGAGGAAGGGUCGCCAGGAAGAGAGGAAAACUGAGAUGAAGAUGAGACACGAGGAAAUCAGGAAGAAAUAUGGGCUGUCGGGGGCAAACCCUUACUCCAAGUUCGAGAACAAUUAAGCAGGUCUCCCACCUGGAUUCCAAACACUCCUCUGCCUUCACACCGAAUAGGAAGAACAUCCAUCUCUGACACACCUCUGACCUUCAGAGCCACUCCACUGACCUUCAGAGCCUCUCCUGACCUUCAGAGCCUCUCCUCUGACCUUCAGAGCCUCUCCUCUGACCUUCAGAGCCUCUCCUCUGAAACUGCACACAUUGCAGGGCGACCACCAGUUCACCUGGGCAUCGAGUGAUGUGUAUCAAUGGGGCCCGUCGCAGGUUUAGAAGCUAAACCCCCUGACAGGAGCUUACAUGUACCCAUUCCAAUGAUUUGUGUGUAAGAUCGUAUUUUAUUUUAGGUCACUUCUUUUUCUCUUUAUUUUUUUUAAACUGACAAAUGAAAGUAAAUGUGUUGUGAAAUGAAACUGAAAUGAUUGUAUAGAAGAGGAAUGGGGAAGGCCAGAAACGUAAUGUGUGUUGUUCUGGAGCAGAGGUCAGACGUCAAGAUCUACUUCUCUAACCCUGUGUUUACUUUGUGAAGUAACAAAUGAUUAAUGCAGUUCCUUUCUUUUUUUCUUUUAUUUUUUGUAGACCAAAGACAUUGCUCACUCAGAACUGUGUCACUGUCUUAACACUGUGGUUAAAACACUGUCGAUUUGGUCAUUCCUGUUACUAAAAUAAAAUAUAAUUUGACCGAAAUAGUUCCAUUCCUGCUGGGCUGGUCUCCAUUAAUUUGCUCAAAUUUACUUAAACUUCAAAUAAUUUGCAGUGGUUUGAGUGUAACAUUACUGUAGUGUUGCCCUCACAAAUGUCAGCAGUGCAAUUGCUCAUCUUUAUGUCGUGUGUUAGUUGAAUGACUGUAUGUACAUAGGGGGAAUACGUUUAUCUCUCUACCUUGAACUCCAAAGGUUUUGUAAAACUCGCUGGUAAAUUUCUUGGGCACUGUUGAACUUUCAAGAUUUACUUGAGCCUUUUCACUCCUUGUAACUCAACUAGUACAGUGCAUGCUUUUAUUAUUUGUAUAUGCUACCCCUGACAAACUGUACAGGAAAAGUCGUCACCAUGUUUGGGUAUGCCGCAUGAAUGUGUAUGAGGAGAGCUGUGGACCAGGUGAAAGUCAUGUAAUGGAAUGUUUUUGUGUUUUGGUGCCCCCUUCCAAGUUGGUGUUUAAAACAACCCUUUUGGAAAGUAGUUGUAAACUCACCAGGAUAAAAAAAUUUUUUUUU